GGGGAUUGGGAGGACUGGCCGUCGGGCUGGGGCAGCCGCAGGCGGGAGUUGGGGAAAUGGGACGCGCUGGCAGCUUGGGACAGGACUGGGUGCGAGCGUGAACGCCGGUGGAAGCCGAAGGGCUAGCAGGGGGAGGGGCGCAGACCCUGGGAGUUUGGGGCUGUCGCGAGGAGGGUACCCCUUCCCGCAGGACCCGGACGAGGCGGUGGGGAUAUUGCCACCGGGCUCCGUGGUUCGGGGUGUGGAUUCGGCUGGGCUCUGCCUUCAGGUGGACGACUAGCUGGAGCCCGGGGCUGUACUUGGAGUUUGUCCCCUGACUCUGCUUCCUUCGCCUCAAGUAGGGGUCGCCCUCCAGGAAACUCCUGUUUCCUGGGGCCCUGGGUUACUUUUGAGGGGUGCAUAAUGUAUGUUGAAGAGGAUUUAGAAGACGCUCUUUUCUGAAGCUGUCCUUUCGUACCCCCCUCCCCCUCAAGCCAGCCUGGUUCCACUUCUCUACGUGCCAGUAACAAUGGAAAUAGUGUGUGCACAGGCGCUUGUACGUUAAGAAUUAACUCAGAAUAUUUCUGCCUGCCAUCCUAACUCUUCUAGAGUUCUAUAAGGUGGACUUUCUGGUAGCCAAAAUCAGGCUUUACCAUCCGGGUAACUAUAGCUAGGUCUCUUGUUCAUUCGCUGUGUGACCUUGGCCAAACUUUUACCCUCUCUGGUGUGCUAAUUUCCGUGGUUAUUUACACUGCAGAGUGGCUUAUGAAAUUCGGUUAGGCCUUUCCAUGAAAGAGCUGAGGUGCCCUGGAAUUUGCGUUGCUGAGUCAGCAAGGCUUUCCGAUUUGCUCCGUUUUUGUUGUUUGCAUUUUAUAUCAAGAUGGGAACUCAAACAAGUCAUUCCUCCUAAGGAUCUAGUGUCUCCGUCAAGAAGGGACAGUUUGUGCCAGCUCUCCAGAGAAAAGGUCUUCUGGAAGCACUGGGCAAUGACCCCGAGACUCCAGCCCAGAGUGGUCUGAAACUGUUUGGGAAAGCAGAGGGAGUCCUGGGGAAGAUGGCCAUGGCCCCAAGCCCUUCCGUGGCGCAGGUGUACACCAGCCCUGUGGCGGUGGCUGUGUGGGAAUGGCAGGACGGGCUGGGCACCUGGCACCCCUACAGUGCCACCGUCUGCAGCUACAUCGAGCAGCAGUUCGUCCAGCAGAAAGGCCAGCGCUUCGGGGUGGGGAGCCUGGCCCAUAGCAUCCCCUUAGGCCAAGCUGACCCCUCGCUGGCCCCUUACAUCAUUGACCUCCCCAGCUGGACCCAGUUCCGCCAGGACACUGGUACCAUGCGGGCUGUGCGGAGACACCUGUUCCCCCAGCACUCAGCCCCCGGCCGGGGCAUCGUCUGGGAAUGGCUGAGUGACGAUGGUUCCUGGACGGCUUAUGAAGCCAGUGUUUGUGACUUCCUGGAGCAGCAGGUGGCCAGGGGCAGCCAACUUGUGGACUUGGCUCCCCUGGGGUACAACUAUACCGUCAACUAUGCCACCCACACACAGACCAACAAGACUUCGAGCUUCUGCCGCAGCGUGCGGCGCCAAGCAGGACCCCCGUACCCAGUGACCUCCAUCAUUGCUCCACCGGGCCACACGGGAGUCGCCUGCUCUUGCCAUCAGUGCCUCAAUGGCGGUGGAACUGGCCCAGUGUCAGGCCGCUACCGCCACUCCAUGACCAACCUCCCCGCGUACCCUGUCCCCCAGCCCCCCCACAGGACCGCCAUUGUCUUUGGGGCCCACCAGGCCUUUGCCCCGUACAACAAGCCCUCGCUCUCUGGGGCUAGGUCUGCACCCAGGCUGAACACCACCAACCCCUGGGGUGGGGUGCCACCCUCCCUGGGGAACCAGCCCCUCUACCACUCCAGCCUCUCCCACCUGGGACCGCAGCACCAGCCCCCAGGAUUGUCCACUGCCAGUGCAGCCAGUGCCUCCCUCCCCAGCGGUCCUGCGAGCAGCCCUGGGAGCAUCCCCGCCGCGGUGCCCGUGCAGAUGCCGAAGCCCAGCCGGGUCCAGCAAGCCCUUGCAGGCAUGACGAGUAUUCUGAUGUCAGCCAUUGGACUCCCUGUGUGUCUUAGCCGCGCACCCCAGCCCGCCAGCCCUCCCGCCUCCUGUCUGGCCUCUAAAAGUCACAGCUCAGUUAAGAGAUUGAGGAAAAUGUCCAUGAAAGGAGGGACUCCAAAGCCAGAGCCAGAACAGGUGAUAAAAAAGUAUACGGAAGAGCUGAAAAUGGCCCCAGAUGAGGACUGCAUCAUCUGUAUGGAGAAACUGUCUGUGGUGUCCGGCUACAGCGAUGUGACCGACAGCAAGACCAUUGGGCCCAUGGCUGUGGGCCGCCUUGCCAAGUGCAGCCAUGCCUUCCACCUGCUGUGUCUGCUGGCCAUGUACUGCAACGGGAACAAGGACGGAAGUUUGCAGUGUCCUUCCUGCAAGACCAUCUACGGGGAGAAAACGGGGACCCAGCCCCGGGGGAAGAUGGAGGUGUUCAAGUUCCAGGUAUCUCUCCCCGGCCAUGAGGACUGCGGAACAAUACUCAUAGUUUACAACAUUCCUCACGGCAUCCAGGGCCCAGAGCACCCCAACCCCGGGAAGCCGUUCACCGCCAGGGGGUUUCCCCGCCAGUGCUACCUUCCAGACAGUGCCCAGGGCCGCAAGGUCCUGGAGCUAUUGAAGGUGGCCUGGAAGAGGCGACUCAUCUUCACAGUAGGGACGUCCAGCACCACGGGAGAGACGGACACAGUGGUGUGGAACGAGAUCCACCACAAGACAGAGAUGGACCGCAAUGUGACAGGCCACGGCUACCCUGACCCCAACUACCUGCAGAAUGUGCUGGCCGAGCUGGCUGCCCAGGGGGUGACCGAGGACUGCCUGGAGCAGCAGUGACCCCCCAGCCUGGCCGGCCCCAGCCCCGCCCCGCCUGCCUCCGGCAGCCAGCCGCCCUCUCCCCACGCCGCCGGCUGGGCUGUCCCUGGGAUGGGCAGGCAGGAAGGUGCCUUUCCUCAGAGGCUGCAGUGUUUGUCGGGGCCUGCCUUCCACCCCCCCUCCUCCCCUCCAGGCCUGGAUCUGCGUGGGAGUUGGGCAAGCCUGGGGAGUUGUACUGUGGGGGCUUAAGAUGCAGCUACCUCAGAGCGUGGGGCCCUGCCCUUGGCGGGCUGCUUUGGGUCCAUAGUGCCGGGGGCCUGGCGUGGGGUGAGGCGAGACUGCCCCAUCGUAGCCAGGGCAGGCAUGGGUUCAAGGUCAGCUUCUCAUACCUCAGAUGUUCUGUUUGCAAUAAAUGCCCUAUAGCCA